AUGUCCGAAAAGCCCUGUAGCGAGCGUGAUAAUCAUGAUCACACGAAAUGUUCAUCGAAAGGCGUCGCCGCAACACAAUCACUGAGUGAACUGGAUUUCGACCGUGGAAUCUGGAGUGCGGCGAUGAGUAACGAGAUCGACCGCUUGGAAACGCUUAUUACCAAAGGACACCUUUACGACCGGGACAGCUGCGGCUAUACCGCACUACACUAUGCAGCACGUUACGGGCACGUGGAGGCUUGCCAUUUACUCUUAGCACGCGGUCUCGGUGUAGACGAAGUAACGAACGGUGGCGUUACAGCACUGCACCGUGCCGCAAUGAUGGGACACCUCAAAAUUAUGCAACUACUUAUAGCAAACAACGCGAACGUACUGCACAGAGAUAGCGAUGGAAAAACGGCCUUGCACCGUGCAGCCGAAGGAGGACAUUUGCAGUGUUGCCAGCUACUUGUUCGCCUGAAUCCCAUCCUUUGCCAUACGGAGGACGGACGCAACCAGAAACCGGUUGAUGUAGUGCGAGAAACACACACAGAUUCGGACCAGCUACGGCGCUUGUUGGCCGGGUAG